AUGGCUGGAUUGCUGAGCUACGUCGAAUUCUCUCAAAAGAGCUUCUGGGUGUCGUUCGCGUCCAUCAUCUUCAACCCGCUGGCAUGGAACAUUAUCGCUAGGCAGGAGUACCGCAACAGGAUCCUGACGAAGCUCGCCGGCGGCAACCGCUACGCGGCAUGCUACGGACUGGCCGUCGCCAUCUUUACCGCGGGUAUCUUCCGCGACCACCUCUACCAAACCGCCCUCGGAGACCAGCCUUCCCACCCUUUCCUCCACUACACCGAGUUCAAGAUCCUCGCCGCGAUCCUCUUCCUCACCGGCACAACGCUCGUCGUCACGUCGACUUGGGCGCUUGGCAUCACCGGCACCUUCCUCGGUGACUACUGCGGUAUCUUGAUGGACCACAAGGUCGAGUCGUUCCCUUUCAACGUCACCUCGCAACCGAUGUACCUCGGCUCGACGCUCAACUUCCUCGCGACCGCGCUGUGGUACGAGAGCCCCGCCGGACUCCUCCUCACCCUCCACGUCUACAUCGUCUACCAGAUUGCCCUCUCGUACGAAGACCCCUUCACAGCCGCUAUCUACGCCAAGCGCGAGCAAGAGCGCGCGAAGGGAAAGGGGAAGGCUAUCGAGGAUGCUGAAGGGUCGUCGACUGCCGUUCGGGGCCACAAGGAGCUCUAA